AUGAGCAAACAAAAGAAACCAGUCCAUGCAUUAUCGUUGCCGUACCCAGAUCCCCAAUGGCCACCAGUCUCCAGCGAUCAAGAACAAGCAGUCCUGCAACUCCUACUUCCUCUCCUUCGGCCGAUCGGUGAAUUCAAACGCAGCCAUGUACCGCAGUCAAAGGGCAAAGGAAGAGCUGGGAAGACCGUCGACACGGCAAACAAUGAUUUGAUGCCCGACCUCUACACGCAUCUGACCAUCGGAUUCAACAGUACAGUCCGCAGGCUAGAGGCGUUAGCUGGUGACCGGAGCCCAGCCAUCCUGUCCGCACCCACAACCACAACCACCCCUUCUCAGAAUCCCGUAAACCUCUCGGUAGUAUUCGUGUGUCGGCAGAACCUCCCGGACAUCAUGUCCUCUUCAAUGCCGCUCUUGGUGGCUACUUCGGCGCCGGUGUCCAGUCGAUCCCAACUGGUCGAGUUGUCUCCACAAGCAGAAGCAAAGAUUGCACAAGCACUACAACAGCCACGAGUCGGAGUGCUUGGACUGGAAGAGGGGGCUUCUGACGCAGGGGCACUGCUUCGUUUGGUUGCCGAAACCUUUGAAACGGUCACUGUCCCCUGGCUCGACCAGCCACAGAGACCCCAUUACUUCCCGGUCAAGGUGAAGACCACCUUGGCUGGGAACAAGGUCAAUCGCAAGAGGAAGCAGCCAGACGAAGGUUGA